AUUAAAUAUCAUGGAAAUAUUCAAACCUGUCAGAAAAUUGUUAUCAAUUUUGGAAGCCGAUAAGUGACACCCGAUGGGAGAAUUUUCUUUCGCCCUAAUGGCAUUUUCCACAAUCCAUGUUCGUAACCUACUGCACACCGAGAUGUAACGUGAAUCCCAACGAAAAUUUACAUUAACCUUGGAUAUUUUUAUACAAAAAGUAAACACAUCACGCCCUAUCCAUCACACCAAAAUGGAUCACAAAACUGAGAUCAUCCUAACAGUGCUGGGAAUCGUCCUGGUCCACGGUCUCAUAUUCUAUUGGGUGUCUCGAAAGACACGCACCAACAUUCGCGGCAAGCAUGUGGUCGUAACCGGGGGAUCCAGCGGUAUCGGAUUGUGGGCCGCAACUGAGUGUGUUCGCUUGGGUGCGAACGUAACGAUUGUGGCACGCAAUGUCAAGCUUCUUGAAAAAGCUAAAGCUCAACUAUUGUCCAAUAAGGUACGCGAAGAUCAGAAGAUCGAAUACCGUUCCAUCGACCUGGCGAAAAGUUAUGACGCAGUAGAAAAGGGUCUCCAAGAGGUGGAAGGAUCCAUUGGUCCUGUAUUUAUGUUGAUAAAUUGUGCAGGAAUGGCAAUUUGCGGUACUGUCGAGGAUACCUCCAUUGAAGACGCCAGGUUGAUGAUGGAUGUUAACUAUUUCGCCACUUUUUACCCUACGCGCUACCUUCUACCGAAGAUGAAACUGGCUAAGGAAGGUAUCAUUGUCAUAACCGCGUCGCAAGCCGCACUGAUUGGACUGUACGGUUACGGAGCCUACGCUGCGUCCAAAUUUGCCCUUCGCGGUUUGGCUGAGACUAUUGCCAUGGAAGCGAAGCACUGCGGAGUAAGCGUGACCUUGGCCCUUCCGGCAGACACGGACACACCGGGAUUCGAACGGGAGAAUGAAUCCAAACCGAUGGAAACGAAGAUCAUUUCCGGUUCCGGAGGGUUGGCCAAACCGGAGGACGUUGGCAAGCGGAUUGUGCACGAUGCGUUGAAGGGCUCGUUCUUCUCGAUCUUGGGACUGGAGAGUUGGGUUUUGAGCACUCUGUGCGUUGGAAUGUCACCAUGGAAGAGCCCGGUGCUGUGCGUGCUACAAUUCUACCUGCUCGGACCGUUGCGGCUUAUUGGUCUGGUGAUUCAGUGGAACUUCCAGCGCAUUAUCAGGAACUGUGCCAAAGAGAAGGAGAAUAGGGAGGCGUAAUUUGGUCAUCGUAGACGAUGGAUGACUUUUAAAUCGCACAAAAUAAAUUUAAUGUUCAUCGAUGUUGUGUGCACUAAAAUUAGAAAAAAAAAGUCUUUUGCCUGCUAUGCCUGCAUUUACUAUAGUAUUUCCAUUGAAUCGUAGGAAUCAUUUCAAGAUAUAAGAGUAGACAACUUAAGAGCAAUAAUAUGAUUAAAAUAGUACCGAUUAAAUAAUUCAA